AUGUUUCGAAAACCAUUUCGUGUUAAAUCAUCGACAAUCACCAGGAAAAGUAUCAGGAGGAAAUUGCGUGCGGAUAUUAUCAAGCAGUUUGCUUCUCUAACUGAAGACGAAGUCAAUCAAUUGAUUCCUUCUAAGGAAGAACUGACUGCGACCAUUGCUAUUACUCAUAGUAAAGAGGAAGUUGUCAUUUAUUCUAUUGCUGGAGAACCGUUGCUUUUUACUUAUAACAAUACCUUAUACCCCACAGUGUAUGCAGCAUGGAUGCUACCUCAUCUUUUACUUGCCAUGAUUACCUGGCCGAAUGUCUUUGAUAAAAUGAUAUCUGGAGCUGACUUAAUGCUACCGGGUGUGACGGCAGUGAGCCAUGUUGAAUGGGUAAAGCAUCAAGCAUGUACUAUAGCACUUAGCGACUGUUUAGUUCCAGUUGCUGUUGGUUUAACAGCUGUGUCACGUCAACAAGCCAAAGAUGCCAGAAUGAGAGGCAAAGGGGUCUAUGUGUUGCAUACUUAUCGGGAUUACCUAUGGGAAUUUGGAACGAAAUGCAAGGCGCCAACACAAUGCAUGAUAAAUACUUAUUCCUUAAGAGGAUCUACAGACACACUACAAUUAGAAAACUUAGCAAUAGCUAAUGAUCUGGAUCUAUGUGAAGAACAAGAAAGUAUAGACCAAAGCGGGAUGAAUGAAAGGGAAGGAUCGGCUGCGUUAAAUAUAACGACAACAGCAACAGAUGAUAGUAAACAAAUCGGCGACCCUUGCAAAGUAGAUAGUAACAACGAUAGUACAGGGCGAGAAGGUGCUACUGAAGAGAGUACCCAAGAAGCAGAAGGAACUGCAACUGAAAACUCUGAAGUUGCGAUAAAUCCAACAGAUACUAUGGAUCAACUAUAUCAGAAAUGUUUUAUGAAGGCAGUCAUUUCUUGCUUGCGAAACAAGACAGAACUACCCUUACUCGCUAGUUCUUUUAAUAGAAUUAUGCAAUCAUAUUGUGAAGAGGGUGAAAAUUUAAACAUCAAGAAAUCUAGCUAUAAGAAGUUCCUAACUUUUCUGAAAGUAAUGAAGGAAUGGGGUAUAAUUGAUUUCAAAGAUACUGCGCGUGGAGUGCAAAGCAUUACAGCUAUACAGCGUGGACAUCCAGAGGUCAAGGGCUUUGCCGCAAAUUAUCCAGUUGAAGAAGUAACCGAAAUUCCUAGCGAAUCGAAUGACGAUGCUUUAGUUUGGGAAAAGGGUCCAAUAAUUGAAGAGUUAUAUAUGGCUAAUAAACAGACGGCCUUCAUCUUCAGUAAUUUAGAUUGGAAGAACAAAUUAUUCAAUGUAGCUGAUGUUAGAGCAGCUAUAACGUCCUAUAUAAAAGCUCAUGAUCUCAUUAAUCCACAUCAGACGCGCCUAGUAAAUUUAAAUGAUGCUUUGGGAAACUGUUUAUUAACCAAGAAUGAUAAAGGCAAUGCUUUAUCUUGGGAGGAAAUUAUGAAGCGUUUUACGGCAAAAAUGAGUAAUUGCCAUCAGAUUAUACUACCUAAUGAUGAUAGACCAAUUUUGAGAAAAGGAAAGGUUGAUUUAAUCAAUGUAUCGAUUGUUCGAAGAAGUGGUAACAAGAAAGUAACGCUCAUUGAUAAUCUAGAAAGCUUUGGCAUACCUGUUGAUAAAUUUAUGCACACAUUGCAGAAUAUGGCCGCUGCAAGUACAUGUACCUAUUCAGUACCUGGGAAAAAAAGUACUGGGACGCAAGUUAUGGUUCAGGGAAGUCAAAUUAAAAUUGUAUCAAGAAUUUUAAUUGCUAUUAUGAAUCAAACCGUGCCUAUCGAAGACGUUGGUUUACUUGCUUGGUAUAUCCGAACUGAUCCAUCCCAUUUUAACCAAGUUAUAGGAAGCGCUAGGUGUACUAGAAAAUUGAUUACAGUAUAA